GCAGGGGGCGGGGCUUGCGUGAUGACGCCACGGGACUGGUGUUCGGGUGGCGGGAAGAGGACGCGUGAGAAUGGAGGUGGAGGCCGGAGGUGGUGGCACGGACGAGCUGGAGGCCCAGGACCCUACUCCUGCCUCCAGCAAGGCCCCUGGGAGCGCCGGCCACUAUGAGCUGCCGUGGGUUGAAAAAUAUAGGCCAGUAAAGCUGAAUGAAAUUGUCGGGAAUGAAGACACCGUGAGCAGGCUAGAGGUCUUUGCAAGGGAAGGGAAUGUGCCCAACAUCAUCAUUGCGGGCCCGCCAGGAACUGGCAAGACCACAAGCAUUCUGUGCUUGGCACGAGCCCUUCUGGGCCCAGCACUCAAAGAUGCCGUGUUGGAACUCAAUGCUUCAAAUGACAGGGGCAUUGACGUUGUGAGGAAUAAAAUUAAAAUGUUUGCUCAACAAAAAGUCACCCUUCCCAAAGGCCGACAUAAGAUCAUCAUUCUUGAUGAAGCCGACAGGUAGAGUGCAUUGCCAAGUAUAUUUUGACCUUGAUCUCUAAAUCUCUGUUUGGGCUUUAUUCAAUCAGGAUAAAAAGCACUGUUGUAGAUUUGCUUUUAUCUUCAACAAGCAGUUUCAUAGGGGCCUGUGCCUUAAAUCUUGUCUUUAUUAAGUAACUUCUAAACGUUUGUCUACGAUAGUCAACGUGCUGGUUUCAGCAUCUCUUAAAGUAAUA